GUGUGCGUGCGUGCGUGCGUGCGUGCGUGCGUGUGUGUGUGCGUGCGUGCGUGCGCGUGUGUGUGCGUGUGCUGUUACAGUGUGUCGAGGUGAAAGGGAGGAACGUCCUCAAUGAUACUUCCCUGAUCACCUAACACAAAUGAGCCAUCAAACAGCAGGCUGCUCAUAAACACACACCACACGUUCACACUCACAACCCCAUGCCUCUGUCUCUCCCUGUCUGUCUGUCUGUCUGCUUGUGUGUUGUAUUAAGUGGAUUAAUGAAGAGUGGUGGUCCAGUGCUGCUCACUGUCAGUAAUCUAUGAUCAUUCAGAAGAACUUUAAAGGGACAGUUCACCCAAAAUGAUAAUUCUGUCAUCAUUUACUCGCCUUCGAGUUGUUCCAAAUCUGUAUAAAUGUCUUUGUUCUGAUGAACACAGAGAAAGAUAUUUGGAAGAAUGCUUAUGACCUGACAGAUUUUGCCCCCUGUUGACUCCCAUAGUAGGAAAAAUUACUUGAACAUUUUUGCUCCGUUUACAUUUUUUUCAAAAAUCAAGUUUUUUUUAUUGUCCAUUCCAAUUAAUAUCAGUCAAACUGCAGUUUUGAUUUAAGCCAUAAUAACUCAAAAAGCACAGCUAACUAACACAAUAAAACACAAUAAAAACAUGAUUUUUAUCUCAUUUUGAGAUCAUAUAUUCAUAUAUGUUCAUAUAUUCUUUCAGAUGAACGAUGACACACUGAAGAGCUUUAAGAGACCGGCCUGAUCGUGUGUGUGUGUGUGUGUUCAGUAUUAAUGGGUUAAGCUCAAUAUUUGUGAAGCACCUGUGGUUGAAAAUGAAUUCACUUUCAUUAUUGUAGUACGCUUGUGUCUUUUACAACACUAACACACUCUUUCAUUUCAUUGUUUUUGCCCUCGGGGUGAUUUGUAUUUAUUUUUUGGGUGGUGGUUAUCUUCAAACCUGCGGCGUUUCUGUGAGCGUCCAGCGAUUCAUUAACUCUGACCAAUGCAGAGGCCAAUGAAGGUAAAUAAAUAGCAGAACGCAUACGUUAAUGUAACGGGCCACAGGUCUGAUAAAGGUCUCGGCAUAAUCCGGGGUGGGUGACCUCCUGGGGGGGGGUUGUUGGGAUGUAAUGAGUUCCACAGCUGGCCCCCCGGGACCCCAAACCUCUCUGAUUCACUUUAAACCAGCAACCUGUUUGUUUAUGGAAGAUUAGAAACAUAAAGUCCCAACAACAUCCUGCACUCAAGAGGAGAAGAAUGAAGUCACGUGAAGCCGUAUCGCUUCAUGAAUGCUGUAUGAAGCAUCUGUCAUGUUUGUUUGAAAUCUCUCUCUAGAAACAUGAAGUGUUGUGAUGUGUUGUGUUGUCCGUGUGUGUUUGUGUGUGCAGGAAACAGAUGUUUGUGUGAGAUUCAGACUUUAGAACGCCUGUUUCCUGCUGAUCUACUGUCUGUUUGCCCUGAUAACACCAGUGAGUGAGUGAGUGUGCGUGCGUGCGUGCGUGCCUGUGUGUAUUGCCAUGUUGUGAAUUAUUUGUGCCAUGAUUACCAUGUAUUGAAAACCGGACAUUGUGAGAUUCAUGUGUUCAUGACAGUCAGACAUUUGUUAUAUGUGAAGUAGUUAUUUGCAGACGUUUGAGCGAGUGGUUGUGUAUUUGAUGUACACACACGGGUAAGGACAGUGAUUUAUUUGACUGCAGAGGGACUAUUGAAGCACUUUGUGAAACAUCACCACUAGUAUUUAUCCCAACAGGCAGAAGCGGGGACUGGGUUAAGUAAAGACUUGGAUUAUUCUGUAACAGUCUGUGCAGCUUUGAUGCCGCCUGGUUUAUGUGUUGCAUUGUGGGAAUUUUUAGGGAAUGAACGUUUUAGUGCACUGGAUGGAUUUUGCAAUUGAGGGAGCGCUUAGCUUAAAGGCUCUCUUAUCAGUGUCCUGACUACUGAAGAAGGGAGCUGAUUGAGACGCACCCUCGUUCAUAGUGUUAAAGUGCAUCAGUGCAGGAAGUUCAUCCACUCAUUUCCUGUGUGAUGAACUGAAGAGAGGCAUCAUGGAAUUGUCUCAUGUAUGUGAUUGUGUGUUUGACAGCCCGUGUCCAGAACAAGGGAUGGGUGAUGAAUUUAACCUCAUGGAUCAUUCAGACCUGUACAUCCUGGACUUCAGUCCUAAUUUGAAGACUUUAUGUAAACUAGCGGUGAUUCAGUACAGUCUGGAGCAGUCUGGUCUUCCGCAUGACAUCAGGUGGGAGCUGGCAGCCAUGACCACCAACAGCACCAUCAGUCGGCCCAUAUUCUCCUCUCACGGCUGACAGCAGAAGAAGCCUUUGCUCAUUCAUUGGUUGUGAAUCAGGAUUUCAACAUUCGGAUCCCAUGAGACGAGUUUCCGUGCCAUUGAACGCCGUUUUCCUGGAUAUAUUUUGCCGUUGUUGAGGCCCUUGUUUCAUUUUGAGGAAAAAACCUGCACAAUUUAAUUUAGGCCAAUUAUUCAGUGUUACCAUGUUUUUAUGAGGUUUUUGAGUGAAAUGAAGUUUGUUUAACCGUUGUAAUCUCAGUGAUUCUUAUCAAUCUGGUUUACGUGCAGCUGGCAUAAUCGCUGUCAUGAACAGCAGAGACAAUAUUUAAAUCAACGUGAGAUUUCUGAAUCAUUCAGCAGAAAACAGACUGAGUGUUCUUUAUCUGACUUUUAACAGGAUUUGAUGGAUCUUUUCUGUUUUUGAAAAUAAAACUUGUUAAAAAUGAA